AUGGACGAGAUGGACCCUGUGCGCGAGGCCGAGAAGGAGGAGAAGAAGAAGCGGCAGCUCGCCCAGGUUGCGAGAGUGAACAUCCGGCAGCAGAUGAAGAACGAAGCGAAUGAGAUGUGGGAGUUGAACAGGCUGGAUGUGAAGCUUCGGAAUCCCAUGCCAAUGGAGCUGCCGGAGCGGCUUCAGCACAUUCCGCAAGAGGAUCUCAUCGAUGCCGGGGAUACGGUUUGCUACCGCGGCUUCCUGAUCCGCAAGAAGCCCAGGCCGCCAAAGGAGCUGCCGGUCAGCCGCCGGCUGACCGACCUGCCCUCGAACUUGGAGCCCGCGGCGCCUUGCAGUCCGAGCGGCGGCUACACGGGGAAGAGCUGUCGCACCACCAGCACGGCGACCCCCAAGAGCCUCUCGGAUGGCUCUUCCUCUGCAGACUCCGGCUGGGAGCCCUCUUUCUUCGAGAACGAUGAGCCCGAGAUCCAAGAGGAGCUGAUCAGAACCACAAUCCUCACCAAGAUGGAGGCUCUUGAGCUACAGCGUGCCUUGUUGCAGGCCUUUCAAGGCCCCUCCUUCCAGCGAGAUUUGCGGGAGCUGGCGGAAAAGCACCAACUGGCCAAUGGCAAGACCAGGGGCUACAUGGCGGGGAAGGUGGGCUUCAUGCACUUGGUGCGGGGAGAGCAGAUGAAGGUCCUUCCGGACUUCGGGUUUGAGGCUUCAGAGCAUGGGGUGGAAGCGAUGCUGCGAGCCUUCGCAGAGUGGAAGGGGGAUCCAGACAUCCAGGUCCACGAGAAGAUCAUUCAGGACAGCCUGCGAAGUUCAGAGGCCAUUGAGCCACCGAAAGAAGCGCCACGUGUCCGGGACAGGCCAAGAAACAAGCUCGCGAUCGAGGACAUGCUAAGAGCGCUGCUUUUUUCCUUCAGCCAGCCCUGGUUCCAGGACAAGGUCCAUGAGCUCAAGCGCUCAGCGGAUUUCUGCUCGGGCCGCGUUCGGCGCAACAUGCUCGGCGGAGCGGCCUUUGGCCAUUCCGCGGACCCGGAGGGGUACUACCAGCUCUCAGGCCGGGCCGAGCUGGCCAUGUUGGUGCACGAGAAGGUGCUGCCUUCCUAUAGUUUCGAGGGCACGCCUGAGGGUGUGCAGGAGAUGCUGGUUCAUGUGGCCCCCUACCUUGGGGACAAAGACGUGGCCCUGCUCUUCGAUUCCAUCAACGGCAAGCUGGGAAUGGAGUCCAACGGGCAGCUUCGCUUCCGUCGUCUCGCGCACUCGGCCGAAGGACUCGACCUGCAGGCCUUGCGCUGCUCCUCGCCGCAACGACGCCGCACCUCCCGCUCGCCCUCGCCCCGAAGGGCACCGAUCCGCGCCUGA